AUGGUUGAAGUUUCAUUAACCAUCGGAAAAUUAGAUGCAUCAUUGGCAUUGCUUUUAACCAAGGACCACCAUUUGAUCGAAUUCCCCACGAUAUUGUUGCCCAAUGGCGUCAAAGCUGGGUCUAUAGUCAAGAUUAGAUGCGAUCAAGAUUUGAAAAGUGAACAAGAAGAAGAAGUUCAUUUUCAGAGUAUCCAAGACGAGAUUUUGAGUACUUUUGCCACUAAUUUGCCCAAGAAGCCAGUAUUACGGGUCAAGAACGUCACUCAAACAAGCUGUGUCUUGGAAUGGGAUCAAUUAGAUUUAGGAACUUCCAGUUUGAAGAAUUUGAUCUUGUUCAAAGAUGGCAAGAAGUUAGGAUCAAUUCCUUCUCCAUUGACUAACAAGACUUCCAAAUUGUCAGGGUUGCCUAUUGAUAAAUCUUUCAAGUUCCAAUUGAGACUUGACACUACUGCAGGCACAUACCUUUCUGAUGAGAUUGAGGUAAACACCCACAAAAUGACUGAUUUAUCUGGUAUAACUGUCUGUCUUGGAGACUUUAGUGCCAAUGAUCCAUUUACUAAGGAGGAUAUUGAAGAGGCGUUGAAAACCAUGGGAGCAAAGUUCCCUCCUCAAGAACAAGUCAAGGUAGACACCACUCAUUUCUUGUGUACCAGGGAAAACAAGCAGAACCCUGAGUACGUCAAGGCAAAUGAAAUGAAUAUUCCAAUAAUAAGACCGGAAUGGUUGAAAGCGUGUGAACGAGAAAGAAGGAUUGUUGGGGUUAGAGAUUUCUAUGUGAAAGAUUGUGUAUUGCCGGAUAUAUUUGCCAAGAACUAUUGGAAGAACACCAGUAAGCAAGUUUCACCACAAGAGGAGAAGGCCGAACCAGAGUUACCUACAAUUCCAGCGGUAGAAGAAGUGCAAGAGACGACAAAGGCAGACGACGAGGUGCCUCCUGCUGAAGAAGCUGCUGAAAUAGCUGAAGUUCCUAUUGAAUCAGUACCUGAAAUUGAAAUCACUCAGUCCGAUGAAAAAUUGGCUGAAGAUAUAGAAAACACCCAACAAAAUAUAGAUGAUGCAUUUGGAGAACCAACAGAAGAGGAAGUAAAGAAGGAUAAACCUGUUGAAUCUGUUGAAGUAAGUGAAUCAGAACCUGUUGCUGAGGCGGAAAAAGAGGUUGUUUUAGAAGAAAUUGCUAUUGAACAGCCCGAAAUAGUAGCUGAGUCAACUCCUGUUGAAGAAGUUCAAGCUUCUACAAAUGAAGUUGCGAACGAAGAACCACAAGUUGAAGAGGUAGCAUUGGACGAACCAAAAGUUGCUGCUGAAACUGCCGAAAGUCACGACGCUACAACUUCAGAAGAGCCUGCUAAGGAAGAGCUUCAAGAAGUAUCUUUGGUCGAGCCCGUAGCUGUUUCUGCGGAACCCAAGGUGGAAACAGAAGAAUCUGUUGUUGAUGAAUCAGUUGUUCAAGACAUUACUUCUCCAGAAAAUGACGAAGUCGCAGGCAAAGAUAAUGAAGAGGUAGGUCAAGAUGAAGAAGAUGAAGAUAAUGCUGAUGAGCCUGAAGAAGGUGAAGGUGAAGGUGAUGCUGGCAAUGAUACAACUGCUACACCAGCCGCCACUGCUAAAGAUAAAAAGAAGAAAAAGAAAAAGAAGAAUAAGAAAAAUUAA